UGCAACAAAUUUUGCAGACAUCAAGUAAACAAGUAUUUUUUCGGAAUAUUUUUCAUCAAUUUUCAUAAAACUUAUAAAAAAAAUAAUUAAAUAACAAUUAAAUAAAUAUGCCAAAUAAUAUUAAAGUGCCGCUAGAAUGGAAGAGACGCGUUAAAAAAGAGUAUAUUAAAAUUAGACAGCAAAAACGCUAUAAAAGAGCAGAUGAAAUAAAGGAAGCGUGGAUUAAGAAUUGGGAUGAACACAAUUACAAUGUACAGGACUUGUAUUGUGAGCCCAAGGUUUGGCAGGUCCAACCCUACGAUCCGCCACAUGUGGAUUGUGUCAAAAGGGCAGAAGUGACCAUGUAUAAUGGCUCUGGCACGCAGCAGGUUCCCAUAUGCGUUAUAAAUGCUGUGACACCAAUACCCACAAUGUACACUUGGGCGCCGACUCAACAAAAUUUUAUGGUGGAAGAUGAAACUGUCUUACACAACAUACCCUAUAUGGGUGAUGAAGUUCUGGACAAAGAUGGCAAAUUCAUUGAAGAACUUAUUAAGAAUUAUGAUGGCAAAGUUCACGGAGACAAAGAUCCUUCUUUUAUGGACGAUGCAAUAUUUGUGGAAUUGGUACAUGCCUUGAUGAGAAAUUAUCCAAAGGAAAUUGAAGAAAUUACGGGAGUGCCUUUAAAAAUGGAGGCUAUAAAAGAGGAUAAAGAAAUAAAGGGUAAAGUUAAAAAUGAGGAUAAGGAGAAAAAAGAAACUGAUGGCGAGGAUGAAAAGGAUAAAGAGAAAAAAUCUGAAGAUUCAAAUCCAGAAAAUAAGACAGAAGAGGAAGCUUUAAAUGAGGAUAAACAGCUGGAAAAGUUGGAUGAUAAAAAAGAUGACAAGUCAGAGGAGUCUGAGGUAGUAAAGUAUGAAUCUAAAGCGGAUGAUGAAAAAUUAGAUUCCGUCAAAGAUAAUAAAAUGACUUUUCCACCACCGAUUAUUUUCCAAGCAAUAAGCUCCAAUUUUCCGGAUAAAGGAACUCCACAAGAAUUAAAGGAAAAAUAUAUUGAACUUACGGAACAUCAGGAUCCAGAACGUCCCCAAGAAUGCACACCAAACAUAGAUGGUGAAAAGGCCGAAAGCGUUUCUCGCGAAAGGACUUUGCACUCGUUUCACACUCUAUUCUGUAGACGUUGUUUCAAAUAUGAUUGCUUUUUGCAUCGUCAUCCAACUCACGGACUACAAGUUGGACAUGCUGGUCCAAACUUACAGAAACGACGUUUUCCCGAAAUUAAACCGUUUACGGAACCUUGCAGUAAUAAUUGUUAUAUGUUGCUGGAUGGUAUGAAGGAAAAACUAGCAGCUGAUAGUAAAACUCCACCAAUUGAUUCUUGUAAUGAAGCCAGUUCUGAGGACAGUAAUGACAGCAACAGUCAAUUUAGCAAUAAAGAGUUCAACAACGAUCAAACUAAAGAAAAUGGAACGGUGACCAGCGCGGCUUCGGCUGAAAUAAGUUCUAUAAUGGCCGGUAUGAUGAACACCUCAAAUGCCAAGUGCGACUGGACAGGAGCAGAUCAAUCACUAUUUCGCACAUUGCAUAAAGUGUUUUUGAAAAAUUACUGUGCCAUUGCACAGACUAUGUUAACGAAGACAUGUCAACAGGUUUAUGAAUUUGCCCAAAAAGAGGCGGCCGAAUUUAGCAUUGAAGAAUUGCGUCAGGACUAUACACCGCCGCGCAAGAAGAAAAAGAAGCAACGUUUGUGGUCAUUGCAUUGUCGUAAGAUCCAAUUGAAAAAGGACUCAACUUCCAACCAUGUCUACAACUAUACACCUUGCGAUCAUCCCGGUCCUUGCGAUAUGAACUGUUCAUGCAUACAAACGCAAAACUUUUGUGAAAAGUUCUGUAACUGCAGUAGUGAUUGCCAGAAUCGUUUCCCGGGCUGUCGCUGCAAGGCCCAAUGCAAUACCAAACAGUGUCCCUGUUAUUUGGCCGUUCGUGAAUGCGAUCCGGAUUUGUGUCAAGCGUGUGGUGCUGAUCAGUUUAAAUUAACUAAAAUCACUUGCAAAAAUGUUUGCGUGCAACGAGGUCUACCAGAUAAACAUUUGCUAAUGGCUCCAUCGGAUGUGGCCGGUUGGGGUAUAUUCCUAAAGGAGGGUGCUCAGAAGAAUGAAUUCAUUUCCGAAUAUUGUGGUGAAAUUAUAUCACAAGAUGAAGCUGAUCGUCGCGGCAAAGUCUACGACAAAUACAUGUGCUCUUUUCUGUUCAAUUUGAAUAAUGAUUUUGUUGUGGAUGCUACGCGUAAAGGCAAUAAAAUACGUUUUGCCAAUCAUUCCAUCAAUCCCAACUGUUAUGCUAAAGUAAUGAUGGUCACCGGCGAUCAUCGCAUUGGUAUAUUUGCUAAACGUGCUAUACAACCGGGCGAAGAAUUGUUCUUUGACUAUAGAUAUGGUCCCACGGAACAAUUGAAAUUUGUUGGAAUUGAACGUGAAAUGGAAAUUGUUUAACUUUUUUUUUUGGAAAUUUAAUUUUUAUCUCAUAUUUUAUUGUAUCUUGAAAUUAGCUUAAAAAUAUUGAAUAAAACUACGAAAUUUAUUAUA